CCCUCGUGUCAAUUUUUUUCACAAAGUAUAGUAUAGUUAUAAAUUUUAUAUAAAUUUUCCGAAAGAUGUUGACGACGGAUCAAGAGGAUAUUGUGCAUUUUAUUGCACCAGUAAUCCAGCAUAAUGCAUUCGGAUGGGGGCCUUGUGAAAUGCCCGAUCAAUUUAAAGACAUGCCAUAUCAACCAUUCAGUAAAGGAGACAGAUUGGGAAAAAUAAGCGACUGGACUGGUUCUUCAUUUCAAGACAAAAAAUAUGCCAAUAAAUACGCUUCUGCGUUUGGCAGUGGAACACAAUAUGCUUAUUAUCAUGACGAAGAUGAAUCAACCUUCCAUUUGGUUGAUAGCACUCGAGUUCAGAAGCCACCAUACCAACGAGGACGUUUUAAAGCAACCAGAGGAAACCGUGGUGGUCGCGGUGGGCGUGGUGGCCAACAAGGAAUGACUGCUUUAGGAAAGUCUUUGAAGAUGAAAGAAAGAGAUCGCAAAGGAAUUGCUAAAAAAUGGGGUCAAAGAGGAGCUCCUCAAAAAAUACGUGAUGCUUCAGUUACGGUCCGUCCAGAUUGGAUAACAAUUGAGGAAAUGGAUUUUCCACGGUUAGCAAAGUUGUCAUUACCAAAUGUUGGAGAAGGAGAAGACAUUAUAUGCUGUGGUACUUUGGAAUAUUACGAUAAGAGCUAUGAUCGAGUCAAUGUGAAGAAUGAAAAGCCUUUACAGCGUGUUGAUAGAAUAUUUCAUACUGUAACAACAAUUGAUGAUCCAGUUAUUCGCAAGCUAUCCAAAACUGUUGGAACAGUUUAUGCCACAGAUGCUAUUUUGGCAGCUAUAAUGUGUUGCACUCGAUCAAAUUAUUCUUGGGAUAUUGUCAUUGAGAAAAUUGGUGACAAGCUCUUCAUGGAUAAGCGUGAUAAUACUGAGUUUGAUUUACUUACUGUAAAUGAGACAUCUGUUGAACCACCUCAAGAUGAUGGUAGUCCUUUGAAUAGCCCUAGGAAUUUAGCACUAGAAGCUACUUUUAUCAAUCACAACUUUAGCCAACAGGUGUUGAGAACCGGGCCAUCUGAACCUCGUCAUAAAUUUCCAGAGCCAAACCCAUUUGUUUCAGAUGAAGAAGAAGGUGAAGUUGCUAGUGUUGCUUAUCGUUACCGUAAAUGGGAUUUAAAUAAUGGUGUAGUCCUGGUAGCUCGUUGUGAACAUGAUGCAGUUGUUCAAUCACCCUCAGGUGAACUACAAUUUUUGAGCAUCAAAGCUUUGAAUGAAUGGGAUAGUAAGUUAGCAAAUGGAGUGGAAUGGAGGCAAAAAUUAGAUACACAAAGAGGAGCCGUGUUGGCAAAUGAACUGAGAAAUAAUGCUUGCAAGCUUGCUAAAUGGACUGUCCAAGCUCUUUUAGCUGGCUCUGAUCAUAUUAAGUUUGGUUAUGUGUCCCGAGCCCAAGUCCGUGACAGUUCCAGGCAUGUUAUUCUAGGAACCCAGCAAUACAAGCCUAAUGAGUUUGCCGCUCAAAUCAAUUUAUCUAUGGAUAAUGCUUGGGGAAUCUUGAGAUGCAUUAUAGAUAUUUGCAUGAAACAAAAAGAUGGAAAAUAUUUGAUCAUGAAAGAUCCAAAUAAGCCAAUGAUUCGUCUUUAUGAUAUCCCUGAUAAUACUUUUGAAUCAGAGGGUUCUGAGAGUGAAGAGAACGAAAUUUAACUAUUACUCUAUAAAAUAUACUUUCCAGGAGAAUGUAAAUAUGUAUUUAAUUCAAUUUAUAACAUUUCGGAAAUGUAUUUGGAAUAAAAA